GAAGACGAAGUGUAUGAAGAAGAACUGACGGACAGUCAAUUGGUGACGGGAUGUCAGGGACUAGAAUGUCACACUCCAUGGGACUCCGACGUUUUCGAUGCCUGUGUCGAAGAAGAAGAUGAAUCCCGUUAUUGGUCCCCACCCAUUCCUUUUCCUCGUUUUCCCUCCACACCUCAACCAGACUCUCCAGAGUAUCGCCAGGAACAAAGCAUGAUGAGUUACCCCUCGUCACCCGAAGAAGCCACAUCCCCCAAACGUCCACGUCUGGACGAAGAAUACGAAGAAUACGAAGAAGGAGAGGACUACGAUCGGAACAUGGAGUUUUUGUGGAAUCAAUUGGUAGCUCCUACCCCUGAAUUUCCCCCUUUGGAUACCUCUGGGUUUCAGGAACCUCUCCAGUCGUUGUUUGACGAUCUUUUGGGAAACCAAUGUGGUGGAGGAAGUGUUCAAGACGACACGUUCCAGGUGGAAAAAGUCAUGGAAAAAAAUUGUAAGAAAUUUCACACCACGUCCAAAGAAUACAAAGUGCAGGUGCAACUUCGUCCGCGAGACGAUGCUAAAGAAGCCGUGAUGGCCACUUUGGGAGUGAUCGUGCGCAUCGUGGAUCACGUGAAACAAGACAACGACGUCAAAGAAACCGAUCAACUCCGAUUGAUCAUUGACGGUAAAGAUCUGGAUUAUCCCAUCCAAAUGCCUUUCAUGCCUUCKGACCAACUGACGCCCGAUCGCGUUUUGCGCAAUUUGGAAGCCGUGGUCCAAUCUAAACGCGCUUUUUUCCUCAACGGGGAAAUGACCGUCCUAGUGUACCACGUCCGGAAUCUCGAGGGACGGGGUCUUUCCAAAAUGAAACGGUUCAACACGCGCAAAGCUCAAGAACCCCUGCCCUGGAUCAAGACCCUCGCGUCGCGCGGAUGGGUAGUGGUGUGCGGAGGAAUGCAAGAAGCUGCCGCUCAUUUCUUACAYUGGCGAGAACACGGUACCAARCACAACAAAGACUCCAAGGCCUUUCAAGCUUCCGUUCAGUGGGUCGAGAGUCAAGUCUACCCCACAGCAGCCGAAGCACUUCCCGUUCUGUUGGAACGGUUAAACAACGUUCUACGACGCGAAAAAGGAUUCCGCGUGGUGGUCUUGGAUUGGGAAAAUGACGACCGUCCCUUUUUUGUGGGUGAAGGCGACGAAGACGAAAUCAUGUUUUUGUACAAAAUGGAAGGAAGUUUCCAUCUCUUGCUCCACCCGGCCAAGAUUCGACACGUGGAUGCCCAUCAAGGCUUUUGUCGCCAAUGUUUUUCUUUUUUACUCGCCUCGCAAAUCUGUCCAUGUCUGCGGCGAGAAGAGAGGGGACCCCUUGUCCCAGGUGUCGGGAGGAUGURAAAACCGCAGCGUGCGUUGCGACGCCAUUCAAGCCGAAGAUUUAGUCAAAACAAAAACAUCUGUUGUGAAGAUCGCGGAUUCGGGUGGAGGUGGGUGCGCGUUUCGCGCUAUUGCGACAGCCAUUUGGCUGGUGCAACAUCCCGAUUGUCGUUUCAGCGACAUGCCUAAAAUUGUGUUGAAAGACGAAUCCGAAACGUUGUGUCGACGUGCCGGAUUGACGUGGGGACCGUGCGGAUUGAAAGAACUGACUCAAUUGCAAAACGUCUUGAAAGAGGACGGUAUCCGUCUGCACGUCUACUACCAUCAUUUGCAAUGCGUGGGAUUCGCCGGCCCGUGGGAAGAGUUUGCGCCUCGAGGACCUCGCCACGACAUCUAUCUAUUUCAUCACGACGACCAUUACGACGUGAUCCGUAGCAUGACGGGGUUUCUGGGACGGAGUUAUUACUGCUUCAAGUGCGAUGUCGGGUACUGUCACAAAACGAGACACAAGUGUCAUCCCAUCUGUCGAUGUUGUUAUUUYGACAAAGAUCAAUGCGUGCCGGACGAGGAAGAGGUCAAGACGUGGACCACGUGCGAUCGGUGCCAUCGCGUUUUCAAAGGCGAACGAUGUUAUGCCAAUCACCUUCAAGCACUUCCUCACCGUGACAAGAAACACACGCUGGUCUACAGCACGUGCGAGCGGUAUCAAAAGUGUCCCAGUUGUGCCAAAGUGAUCGAUGUUCUAAAUAAGAAAAAGAACGCCUUCCGUCAGCCAGAUCAACGUAACCUCGACGACCACGUGUGCGGUGAAGUGUACUGUCCCUACUGUAAGAAGACGGGACCCAAGCACUGGUGUUACGUUCAACCUGUCACGGAUCAAAAGUGCGGAGAAUGCGGAGAAUGGGUCAC